AUUUUUGACUUCAUAAUCAGUCUAAGACACUUAAUAAGGGUUAUAUAAGUGUUAUUCAAACCGCAAAACGUUGUUUUCGGUUUAAAAACCCUACUUCCUCGGAAAAUCCUCAGAAUAUUCCGAGGAAAAACAAGUUUUCCUCGAAAUUUCCUCAGAAUAUUCCGAGGAACACAUGUUUGGGGUUUCAAAACAUCAAAUUUUUUUGCCCUAUAUCAUUUCUUAUACAAAUGCAAUGCAUACCAUUGAGGAAUCUUUGUAUAGAUGAUCAUAAACCAUGAAAUAACAAAAUUUCAAAACGAAUUGUAAGUAUUCCCUUUACCGUUCAUUAAAGUGUAUAAGUGUUUCUCUUAUGUUGUGGAGAUUUCGUUCAUACAAUCGGACAAGUGUUUAUUAUAGGGUAAGAAACAAAUUUUUGACUUCAUAAUCAGUCUAAGACACUUAAUAAAGGUUAUAUAAGUGUUAUUCAAACCGCAAAACGUUGUUUUCGGUUUAUAAACCCUACUUCCUCGGAAAAGUCUCAGAAUAUUCCGAGGAAAUACCUAAAUCCUAUUCUCCCUCGGAAUUUUCUCGGAAUUUUUAAAAUCCCCCAAGGGCUCUGUAGCGGCUAUAAUAUAUCCUCGGAUAUUCGUCGAUGUUUUCCGAGGAAUAUUAUUUCCUCGGUAUUUCAUCGGUAUAUUCCGAGGAAAUGCCGAGGAAACCGAAAUUUUGGUUUUCCUCGGAAUUUCCUCGGAAAUUCGUCGGAAUAUUCCGAGGAUCUCAUUUUCCGUCAGAAUGUCCAUCAGAAUUACGCUGUUUUCUUGUAGUGAUAUUAGAAGAAAACUAGCAAGGUUCGGUUUGUCUUGCCAAGAGAUAUGUCACGGUUCUGUCAAUGGAUUGUAAAAGGGAGUUAUGGCUCCGUUUGUGAGGUAUAUGUAUUUCUCAUGAAAUUUUAGGUCAAGAUCCGACUAAUCUUCUAGGAUAAGUUUAGUCGUUGCCUUGUCCACUUACCUAAUGUUUUGUAAUAAUUUUUAACAUUCUGACUGAUAAAUAGUAAACAAGAAAGUAUUCUUAGAAAUCAAAUUUAUAGGAUAAACUAAUUAAACCUUGUCCCAAAUCUUUUAUGACUGAAGAUAAAAGGAAGAGGAAGCUCUUUAAAAAAAAAUCUAAUAUGACUGGAUUUGAUUAUAUCCUAUUUAUUUUCUUCAAUAAUUCAUAAAUAAAUUAUCCAAUAUUAUUCUUUUUUUUACGCUGAUUUAUUAUGAGCUUACAAUUACGAUAUGAGAAAGAUUAGAUAGACGAUUCGACAACCGACAAUACUACAUGUCUUAUGAAGACCUACGCCUAACUGCAUCACCUGAGCUGUCCUAUGAAAAUCCACACCUGGCCAGAUUUACUUGCCAGAUUUACUUGCACCAUGUUGAAGAUCUCUUGUAAGUCUUUUUCUGUAGUCUGCAUAAUUGUUUAAUAAACCGUUUUUUCCGGAAUUUGAAAACUGGAUUUCCUGUAAUCUGCAAUAUUAUUCUCAAAUAUGAAUUCAUCAUAUUAUUUUUAUUGUUAUAUUAAAUUCUUAUAUAACAUGUCGAAAAACGUUAUAUUACAUUACAUCACAUAUUUCAAAUAAGUACAGGAAAAAACAAAAAAAGAAAAGAAAUAAUGUUAGAUGUGAUGGGCGGCCAAAGGAAGGUCGUCGUCCGGGAGAAGCGGUCGUUUGAUAGCUGCAAAGCAGCAAAAGUGCUCCCAAAAACGUCGCUGGCAAAACGUCAUCCUUUGCUUCUCCCUUAAUCUAUCUUUCCUAUAUUUUCAACUUCAAAAGAAUUUAUAAAACAUACAUAUACAAUAGCCGUUCGUCGUAAAAAAAACAUAUAUAUAUAUAUAUAUAUACUAAUAUACAUAUAUGUACGAACUUGUAGACCAUUCAUAUAGUUUUGGUGGACGUAGUCCAAAAUAUAUCAUAUAUGUUUUUAUCCACUUAUAAUACAGGAUAAUAUUUUAUGUGAAGUUUUGAACAUAUAAAGUUAAGCUCUGUAAGCGCUCUUCUUGGUCCUGUCUGGCUUUCUCAUCGGAACAAGGGUUGUUCUAUGCGGGAACAGAUUCUUAAGUUAUUAGCCUUAGAAUCCUUAUCUUUGGAACUUGGAUAAGGAUUAUAAACUACCAUAUGGCAGGAUUACUUCAACAAAUUAGUUUUUCUAUAUAGUUAGGAGGCCUCUGACAAAAAAAAAAUAUAGUUAGGAGGCCUAAACCACUUGUCUAAUGGCCCAUUUAAAGCAAACACAAGGAUCCACAGUGAUCUCUAUUUGGGCCAACAUUUCUCAUUGAUUGUGUACGUCUUUUUCUCUAAGGAGAACUAAGUCCCGUUUUCAGUGUGAUGUAGUUGAGAUCUAACUAAAUUCCCAACGAUGGUACCUCUUAACUUUAUAUGGCAUAUAUCUUUCGGACAUUAAGACCCAUCACUUUCAGCUCUUCUGUUUUUCACCUUUCUAUUUUUUCUCCAAAGUUUAAUAAUUUAUAAUAUUCAGAGAUUUUAAAUUGAACAAACUUUCCCUUUGGCAUAAGAAAAUAAAGAUUAAUUUUAUUUUCUAAAUAAAAUAUAAUGAAAUAAAAAUAAUAUUUCUUAAAAUACUAUACACCAUACACCAUACAUGUAUAAAAUGUACAUUUUGUAAUGUAUUUUGUAGCCUUGCAGGUCACCAGAGGAUAAUUAUCUAUAAAGAUAUGGUGAUAAUGUGACCGUGUAAAGCUACACAAGUCAUUUGUCAGAUUGUAACAAGAGAAUCUUAGUAGUGAUCACACGCAAAGCUAAGAUCUUUGCCUCACCACUUAAAAGCAAACAAACUGUCUUAACCUUACAUAGGACAUCAAAGUCACAACCAGCUUUUUCUCUUUUGAUGAAAAAUACAGCUUUUUCUCUUUAAAUCUUCACUUAUUUAUAGUAAUUUUCACUUUUUUUUUGUAACUGAUGUCCUAUGUUAAAGGCAUAGCAAUCUAGGACCUAAUGUUAAAAUUUUAUUAAAAACCACUAGUGAAGCUAUAUGAGAUGAACACAGCUGAAGAUUAAAACUUUAUUACAAACCACUAGUGAAGCUAUAUGCGUAGGAGUUAGGACCUAAAGUCGUAUAUAUAUAUAUAUAUAUUUUUUUUUUAUAAGUUAAUAGAAAAUCAUAACUUUUAAAAAAAUUCCUAACAUAUGUACUUACGAAAAAUAUUCCUGCAAUGAAUGUGGAAGAACGAAUUGACUCGAAAUUUAGUGUUUUUUUUGUAGGCUACAAUUUGUAAAUUUAAAGGUUGUGGUUAAUUGUGUAUCUCUUAUUCUUUUUUUUUUGAGCAACAGAGUGUAUCUCGUAUACUCUCAGAGCAAUUUGAAAGGAUCCCAAAUACCUUUUUCAUUUACUGAAAAAUGAUAAAGAUAUUUCGGGUCCAUCUCUAUAUUUAUUUUUUACAUCAUUAUUUAUCAACCCCAUCUUCUUCUUCUCCACCUUCUUUUUUAAAAUAUAUCUUAGAAAACUCAACCUUGAAUGUACGGAGGUGCAUAGAUGUGGAACCCUAGUAAAGUUGAAAGAUUGGAGGAUGAUGAUGAAUCUUGGGAAGUCAAAGCCUUCGAGCAGGACACUAAAGGGAACAUCUCUGGUACCACUUGGCCUCCAAGAUCUUACGCUUGCAAUUUCUGCCGCCGUGAGUUCCGUUCUGCUCAAGCCUUAGGCGGUCACAUGAAUGUCCACCGCCGUGACCGUGCCUCUAAGGCUCAUCAAGGUCCUGCGGCUGCAGUUGCUGCUAGAAGCGGUGGCCGCAGCAGAGGCGGUAAGAAAACGUUUCUCAGUUCUUGUGUUCUGCCGACGGCAACACUUAUAAUCCAAUCCACGGCGAGUAACAAUGAAGGUUUGUCCCACUUCUACCAAUUGCAAAACCCUAAUAGCAUGUUUGGUCAUUCCAGUGAUACGGUUAAUUUUCAUGGUUCGUCUUCGUUUCCUUCGAGCAACCUUGACUUUUCGGUAUUGAAUUCGCCGGUAGAGGUUCCUCCUCGGUUUAUAGAAUAUUCAACAGGAGAUGAUGAGAGCAUUGGCUCGAUGAAAGAGACUAAAAGAACAUCAGUGGGUGAGCCUGAUCUUGAACUUCGACUAGGGCACAAUCCACCGUGACAUUUCACUUUCGUGACCCGCUUGAGGCUUUUCACAUUCAUAUCCAUUACGCUGAGGCUCUUUACAUCUAAAUUUAAAUUUGUUGUUAAAUUCGGAGUUCAAUAUAUGUGUAUCACAAUUAAAUUCAUUAUGUUUCAUCCUUAACUUCUUUGCUUUCAUAUAUACAUGUGCCUAAGUUUACCCA